GUGUGAUCAGCAUCUUGAGGAGCGCUCUCUUGACUUUACCCGAGGCGCAGUGAAUGUGUAAACAAACGGAGUGCUUGUCGUUUUCGCCAGUGAUCAGAAGCAGAUCCCGUCGUUUUUGUGAAUGUGGCGUUCAGUGUGCCCGUGAAUAUCCGCAGAAAGAGUUGAAAGUUUAAUUACCAUUGUAUUGUGCCCGAUCGUUGAUUGCUGCCCACGCAAAAGUGCGAAACAAUGUGCUGAUGCCUCCUGCAUUCCGCAUGGAUGCCAGAGGAUCGCGCCAAUGAUCGCCAAUUGGGAGAUGCAUCACUCGUACCAGCGAUCACUCACCGACGGUUGUGCCUUCGUGAACCCGGGCCUCGCCAGCGUGGAAAGUGGGAUUAUGACCUCAACCACAGAGUGCUUCUUCGCUGGUGACAAUUGGAUGGUCACUCCCUAUUCCAACGGACUGAACCCCAUGAAACAGAUGGAAGCGUGCCUGCAGAGCGCUGGCAAAGAUAGAUCAUCGUACAAGCCACUCGAGCACAUAGAUCACAGCCUGAGGCCGGAGGAGCGCACGCGAUCCAAUGGCGCGGAGCCCGAAGAUGCUGCCGCGGAGUCUGUCAAGAAUGCCAGGAGCAAGAGGGACGAGGACACUCCUGGCCAUCCGCAUCCCGCGCUCAGCACGGCCGGCGUCAUGCUGGAGACGAAGCAGCUGUGGGACAAGUUCCACGAGCAGGGCACAGAGAUGAUCGUCACCAAGACCGGCCGCAGGAUGUUCCCCACGUUCCAGGUGCGCAUCUUCGGGCUGGAUCCGCAGGCGACCUACAUCAUGCUGAUGGACUUCGUGCCCUGCGACGACAAGCGCUACAGAUACGCCUUCCACAGCUCGAGUUGGGUUGUGGCUGGCAAGGCUGAUCCCAUUUCCCCGCCUCGCAUCCACGUCCAUCCGGACUCUCCGGCCCCAGGAGCGGCGUGGAUGAAGCAGAUUGUCUCCUUUGACAAGCUGAAGCUCACAAAUAAUCAACUGGACGAGAACGGACAUAUCAUCCUCAACUCGAUGCAUCGCUACCAGCCGCGCUUCCACAUUGUGUACCUUCCGCCAAAGGUCACGGCGUCGCGAGUUGGGGUCGCCGCGGCGGCUGCCGAAGAACAGAGUCACUACAGAACUUUCACAUUUCCCGAGACUGCAUUCACGGCCGUGACGGCGUAUCAGAACCAAAGAGUCACUCAACUGAAAAUUGUGAGCAAUCCCUUCGCCAAGGGCUUCCGAGAGAGUGACUCAACGGAUGAAUCUCAAGAGAUGAUCAAUGGUGUUCACAUGCCACAGCAGCCGCCAUCAAACUCAACACGAUCGCGAUCUUCAGCCUCCCGAUCGUCAAAUUCCGCAUCGAAUCCCAAAGUCAUGGACGAGGAGACUUUUCCGCCGCACCUUCAGCCCGCUGCCGCCGAUCUACACCAGGGCGUUUCGCCGCCGGCCAACCUGCAGCCCGGCCGCUUCUCGCAGAGCCCACAGGCGGGCCUGGCGGCCACUUCGCCGUUGGGACAGCCGUACGCCUCCGAAGCCAGCUCCUUUGGGCCACUGUAUCAUCAUCACCACCUGGCGAGCAACGGCUAUGCCAGUCCCUACGACAAGUUCAAGCUCACGCCGCCUGGCCCACCGCCGCCGGUCUCCGUGCCCUCCUACUCCGGCGCCUACCACCAGGGUUUCUACGCGCCCAUGCGGCACACAGGAUACAUCGAUUUUGUGCCCAGGUGAAGCUGACAAAGACCUCUUUGAAUGAAGUCUCGCCGAUUCACAACAUGGAUUUGUGCUGCUUUAAAGCUGAUGUAACAAUAAUUUCAAUGUGCCAAAUAAACUUUCCUGCAAAUUAGA